UUGUAUGUGAUUGAAAAUUUCAUUACAGAAGAGGAAGAAGCUAAAAUUAUGGAACAAGUGGAACCUAAGAAUUGGGUUAUUGAAUUACAAAGACGUGUUCAACAUUAUGGAUUUAAAUUUGAUUAUGAUAUUAGAUCUAUUGAUUUUAAUACUCAAGUUGAACCAAUUCCAGAAUAUACCACUAAUAUUAUGAAUAGAAUGAAAGAAGCAAUGAAAAAGAAAAAGGAAGAAAAUGAUUCAACUAUUAUGAGUGAUGAAUUUAUUUCUACUUUUGAUUUUGAGACAUACAAUCCAGAUCAAUUGACCAUUAAUGAAUAUCAACCUGGACAAGGAAUUAGACCGCAUAUUGAUGUUCACACUCCAUUCAAUGAUGGUCUAUUCAUUGUUUCUAUGCUCGGUAGUGCUGUCAUGUACUUUUCUAAAUGUGUAGGAGAGGAGGUUGUUGAAAAGAAGUAUGUCGAUCUUCCAAGAAGGUCAUUACUUAUCCUCGUUGGAGAAGCAAGGUAUUUGUGGAGACACGCCAUUAUGUGUAGAGAACUCGAUAGAGUGAAUGGAAAAAUCAGAAAGAGACAACGAAGAGUUUCAUUGACCAUCAGAUCAGUUAGAAAGGAAGGAUUGUGCACAUGCAAGUAUACUGAUGUUUGUGACUCUCAACAAAAUAAUGAAAUUGCUCACAAUCUUCCAUAUUCUCAACAAUUGGGAACUACCAAUCUAGAAAUUGAAUACGUUCAAAAGACCUACAAUCAAAUUGCCUCUCAUUGGGAUAAAACAAGACAUACACCAUGGCCUAGAGUUCACGAAUAUAUUAAGAGUCUAUCUGACUAUACAUUAAUUGGAGACAUUGGAUGUGGAAAUGGAAAGUAUAUUAACCUGAAUCCAAAAUGUAUUUGGGUAGCAACUGAUAGAAGUGAAAAAUUAUGUGAAAUUUGUGUUGAGAAGGGAUAUGAUGUCUCAGUUUCAGAUGCUCUCAAUCUUCCUUACAAGUCCAACCUUUUCGAUGUCACUCUCAAUAUUGCCGUUCUCCAUCACAUUAGCUCUGUUGCCAGAAGAAUCAGAUUACUAAAGGAAUUGGUUAGAGUUACGAGACCAGGAGGUGAAAUUUUAAUCUAUGCCUGGAGUUAUGAGCAAGAAAAUUCAUCCAAGAGAAAGUUCCAAAGUCAAGAUGUGUUUGUACCUUGGAAACUCCAAGCUAAAUACUUGAAUGGUGAGGAUGAUCAACCAUCUCCUGCACUUAUUGAAGAAAAUGAAGUUACCAUCAAGAGAUAUUGUCACGUUUACAGAAAAGGAGAAUUGGAUGAGUUGGUGACAACUAAGGUUAAGGGAGUGGAUAUUUUGGAUUCUUACUUUGAUGUUGGAAAUUGGUGUUUAUUGUUACGUAAG